AUGUCCGCGCUCUCAGACCCCUCCGCCUCCGCCUCCGCCUCCGCCUCCGCCUCCCGCUCCUCCUCCGGCUCCGCUUCCGCCAAAACCUCCUCCCCCUUCGCGUGGAUCGCGCAGCGCGCCAAGGCCCUCCGCGAGGGGAAGACGUGGCGGCGGCGGCAGAAGAAGCGGGAGCGGCGGCGCCGGCGGCGGCUGGAGAAUUCCGAAUCAGUUGAGCCGGUGGGGCCGUGGCUGCGCGAGAUCCGGCCGGAUCAGAACUGGGCGGAAAAGCUUUCGGGGAAGCAGUACUGGGCGGAAGCGGCAACGUCGGGGGACAUCAUCCGGGAGAAGGUGCGGAGCCAUGUGGCUUCCCCCGAGGCCAAAAGCGCGGGGAAGCGUGCGCGGGAAAAUAUGCGCGUAUCUACGUGCAUGAUCUCGCCUCUGCCUCCGCCUCCGCCCUUGUUCCCCGCGUCGUCCCCGAGUGGCGAGGCGCCUCAGAAUCCGUCACAACCGGCGGGACCUUCGCCGCCUGUCCCGGCUGGACCUUUGCCGCCCAUCAUGGCGGGGAAUACGCCGCCUACCACGGCGCCGUGCUUUGGAAGCACUGUGGUUGCUGCGGUUUCGGCAGAUACUCCUACAGCAGCUAUAGCCGCUACAACAGCCGCUGCGCCCAUUGCGCCUCCUAUAGUUACAGAAACGCCUGUGGUUACAACAGCUGCUCCUGCUCCUGUUCCUGCUUCUGUUCCUGUUCUCGCCCCUCCCCCUGCUCCUGCUCCUGCUCUUGCUCCACCAGCAAAUCCAGUCGUCACGGCGGUUCCUAAGGUUACGGAGUUGUUCGCACUUGCUGCUCCAUCUCCUGCUGCCCCUGUCGUUGCAGUUGCAAUCUCCACGGCUCCUGAUACCCCUGUCGCCGUUGCACCAGCAGCUGUGGUUACCACAUACCCCUCGGUUACAUCGGGUGCAGCAUCGAUUCCCGAGGUACAAUCAUUCCUCGAUGACGCUCCAAUAGUUAUCAGACCUCCAACGGCUGUUGAAAUUCCUUCGCUGUUGGACGAAGUUCCUGUUACCACGCCCACAUCGGCAGCAGCAGCAAUUCCCGAGAUACAGUCAGUCCUCGAUGGCGCUCCCAUGGUUAUCGGCGCUGCAGCUUCGGUUGCUCCUGUCGCUGCAGUUGCGGUUCCCGCGGGUCCUGUUCUUCCUGCCGUUUCACCAGCCCCUGUGGUUACCACAUUUCCCACAAUUACGUCAAGUGCAGCAGCAAUUCCCGAGAUACAAUCAUUCCUCGAUGGCGUUCCCAUGGUUAUCGGCGCUGCAGCUUCGGUUGCUCCUGUCGCUGCAGUUGCGGUUCCCGCGGGUCCUGUUCUUCCUGCCGUUACACCAGCCCCUGUGGUUACCACAUUUCCCACAAUUACGUCAAGUGCAGCAGCAAUUCCCGAGAUACAAUUAUUCCUCGAUGACGUGCCCAUGGUUAUCGAACCUCCAACUGCUCUUCAGACCGAAAGCCCAUCGCUAUUAGGCGACGUUCCUUCGAGCCUGGCUGGCUCAACUUCGUAUAGAGUUGCGGGGAUUCCCGCCAGCGCCACCAAGCAAUACUCUCAGGAAAAGGCCCCGAGUGCGGGGGCGGGGCCGGAGGCGACGGGCAACCAAACUGCUACUGCUGCAGAGGGGAGGGCAGCAGCAGCUGCAGAGCGGAGGGCAGCAGCCCAAUCAGAGCGGAGGGCAGCAGCAGCUGCAGAGCGGAGGGCAGCAGCAGCUGCAGAGCGGAGGGCAGCAGCAGCUGCAGAGCGGAGGGCAGCAGCAGCCGCAGAGCGGAGGGCUUCAGCCCAAUCAGGGCGGAGGGCAGCAGCAGCUGCAGAGCAGAGGGCAGCGGCAGCUGCAGAGCGGAGGGCUUCAGCCCAAUCAGAGCGGAGGGCAGCAGGAGCUGCAGAGCGGAGGGCAGCAGCAGCUGCAGAGCGGAGGGCAGCAGCAGCUGCAGAGCGGAGGGCAGCAGCAGCUGCAGAGCGGAGGGCAGCAGCAGCUGCAGAGCGGAGGGCAGCAGGAGCUGCAGAGCGGAGGGCAGCAGCAGCUGCAGAGCGGAGGGCAGCAGGAGCUGCAGAGCGGAGGGCAGCAGCAGCUGCAGAGCGGAGGGCAGCAGGAGCUGCAGAGCGGAGGGCAGCAGCAGCUGCAGAGCGGAGGGCAGGGGCAGCUGCAGAGCAGAGGGCAGGAGAAGCUGCAGAGCGGAGGGCUUCAGCCCGAUCAGAGCGGAGGGCAGCAGCAGCUGCAGAGCGGAGGGCAGCAGCAGCUGCAGAGCGGAGGGCAGCAGCAGCUGCAGAGCGGGGGGCAGCAGCAGCUGCAGAGCGGAGGGCAGCAGCAGCUGCAGAGCGGAGGGCAGCAGCCCAAUCAGAGCGGAGGGCAGCAGCAGCUGCAGAGCGGAGGGCAGCAGGAGCUGCAGAGCGGAGGGCAGCAGCAGCUGCAGAGCGGAGGGCAGCAGGAGCUGCAGAGCGGAGGGCAGCAGCAGCUGCAGAGCGGAGGGCAGGGGCAGCUGCAGAGCGGAGGGCAGUGGCAGCCGCAGAGCGGAGGGCAGCAGCAGCUGCAGAGCGGAGGGCAGCAGCAACUGCUGCAGAGCGGAGGGCAGCAGCAACUGCUGCAGAGCGGAGGGCAGCAACAGCUGCAGAGCGGAGGGCAGCAGCGGCUGCAGAGCGGAGGGCAGCAGCAACUGCAGAGCGGAGGGCAGCAGCAGCUGCAGAGCGGAGGGCAGCAGGAGCUGCCCGAUUGGCUGCAGCUUGCGAGGCUGCCAGAGGGGGAGAUGGAGAUGGAGUCGAGCAGACAGCGCGCAAGACUGGGGGUGCUUGA